AUGCAGGCGGGUCUGUUGACGGGGCUCGUGCUCCUCAUCUCGGCGGCGGUGUCCAACUCGCGUGGCUGGGCCGCGGACCCCUGGAGCGCGCCAGCUCCGGCGCUCACCGAGGUCUCGCAGGGCGAGAAGAAGAAGGGCGGCGAGGUGGUGCUGGAAACCGGGCUGUCGCAGGAGGACGAGCUGGAUUGCUUCGGCCGCAAGUGCCUGGCCAGCGACCAGUGCUGCCGGGGCUCGGCCUGCGUCGACGUGGACGGCUCCAAACUCGGCACCUGCCUGCCGGUGUACGGCCAGCGCGAGGGCGAGCAGUGCCAGCAGGACUCGGACUGCGAGCGAGGCCUGGCCUGCCUUCUGCCCAGGGCCCCGGCGGGAACCAGGCGCUCCUGCCAGCUGCGCACGCGGGAGCUACGCAAGAAGCAGUUCAGUGAUGAGUGCCAGUCGUCGGACGAGUGCGACGUGUCCAGGGGCCUGUGCUGCCAGCUGCAGAGGCGGCACCGCAUGGCGCCACGCAAGCUCUGCUUCUACUUCGCCGACCCCAAGAGCUGCAUCGGCACCGUGCCCCCCGCGGCCGCCGCCGCCAUGAACGACUUCUAUCGGCCCAGCUACAGGCCUUACAAGAGCAUGAGUUUCUUCCACAACCCACUCUUCAAGGCCCGCAUGGGCUAG